UUAGACUAGACUAUGACACUAUUAUACUAUAGAUGCCGGUAGACAGUCUUGUUCGAGUGUAACAAAAUAAAAAAAAAGGCUUGAAAAAAGAUGGUGAUAGCUAUCGGUUUUGAAGGUAGUGCCAAUAAACUUGGAGUAGGUAUUGUGAAAGAUGGCGUGGUGCUUUCAAAUCCAAGACACACUUAUAUUACACCUCCUGGGCAAGGAUUUCUUCCUAAAGAUACAGCCAAACAUCACAGAGAUCAUGCCUUAGAUGUGUUGCAGGCAGCACUUGAAGAAGCCAAAAUAAAACCUGAUGAGAUUGAUGUUAUAUGCUACACAAAAGGUCCUGGCAUGGGGGCGCCAUUGGUUUCAACAGCACUUGUGGCAAGAACUGUGGCGCAAUUAUGGAAGAAACCAAUCAUUGCAGUCAACCAUUGCAUAGGUCACAUAGAAAUGGGUCGACUGAUAACUGGUGCAGUCAACCCAACAGUGCUGUAUGUCAGCGGUGGAAACACUCAGGUUAUUGCUUAUUCUGAAAAACGUUACAGAAUAUUUGGUGAAACCAUUGAUAUAGCAGUAGGAAAUUGUUUAGAUAGAUUCGCAAGAGUUUUAAAACUCUCCAAUGAUCCAAGUCCAGGUUAUAAUAUAGAACAAUUAGCCAAAAAAGGGAAAAGGUUUCUUGAAAUGCCGUAUGUAGUGAAAGGAAUGGAUGUUUCAUUUUCUGGACUUUUAUCUUACAUAGAGGAAAAGGCUCCUUUACUUCUAGAGACCAAUGAAUAUACUCCAGAAGAUCUGUGUUUUUCUUUACAAGAAACUGUAUUUGCAAUGUUAAUUGAAAUAACAGAGAGGGCGAUGGCUCACUGCGGAUCACAGGAAGUUUUAAUUGUUGGAGGUGUUGGAUGUAAUAAGAGAUUGCAGGAUAUGAUGGACAUCAUGGUCAAAGAAAGAGGCGCCACUCUGUAUGCCACGGAUGAAAGAUUUUGUAUAGACAAUGGAGCUAUGAUUGCUCAGGCUGGAUGGGAAAUGUUUAAAACAGGACUGGUCACACCUUUACAGGAAACUACUUGCACACAAAGGUACAGAACAGAUGAGGUUGAAGUAACAUGGAGAGACUGACACAUCUAUUUAUAUAUAGAUAGAUAUGGGAACACAUGGCAGCAGAUCUUGUACAAUAGAAAAGUGAUGGACUGGAUGGAGAUAUUUGUCUUCAAUUUAGUCUAUAAUAAUCAUUGUAAUUAUUAAUUUGUAUAAACAAUGUUUUGAAAAAUAAAGAAAAUAUUUAAAGAA